AGGAGAUACUAGACGGCGGAGGCAAUCAGCGCACCCGGUAGGAGGGGUAACCUUUCUGGGUAAAACGCUCUUCGACGACUGAGAACUAAAGCGCGGAGGCCUGAGUGGUGGAGGUGGGAGGGGAGGACAGUGAACUUCUGCCGCGAUCCUUUCUAGCUGCGGGAAACUGCUUCGAUACAGGCAGUAAAAUAGCAAAGUGCCAUUAUAUGAUCCAGUACCCAGCGUUACUGUUGCCCUCGAUGUGGGUGAGGGACCUGUGUGUGUCGGAUUAUGGCGAGAAAAACAGUUAGCAGGAAAAGGAAGGCAGGGGAGCCCAAGGAACAACAACAGGUGGGCUGGUGCCAGUCUCCCUGUAAGCGUGCGCGUGUGUCCUCCUCGUCCUCCUCCUGGUGGUGUUCAUGGCGCUGGCGGCGCUCGCUGGUGUGUGCGCUGCGGGGGCGGGAGUUCCGUCCGCAGCAGCAGCAGGAGUGGCGGCUCCAGCGCAGCCUGAGGGGCUUCGCCGCCGGCCGGCUGCCCGGCAUCCUGCGGGAGCGCCAGUUCUCCCUGGGCUGCCUCAACAAGGUGUUCGCCUCGCAGUGGCUCAACCACCGACAGGUGGUGUGUGGGACCAAGUGCAACACGCUGUUUGUUUUGGAUGUUCUGACUGGGCAGGUCACGCGCAUCCCCAUGCUGAAGGACAGGGAGGUGCAGUGCGGGGUGGGAGGUGCAGGAGAUGCAGGAGGAGGCGUGGCAGGCCUGGUGAAUGGGCCAACGGGCUCCAUGGGGGCCGUCCCGGGGGUGGCACCAGGGGCAGGGCCAGGGACGGUGCUCGGGACGGUGCUGGACCAGCAGAGCUGUGGAAUCCACGCCAUCGAGCUCAACCCCUCCAGCUCCCUAUUGGCCACCGGGGGGGACAACCCCAACAGCCUGGCCGUGUAUCGCCUACCCACACUGGACCCCGUCUGCCUGGGGGAUGAUGGACACAAUGACUGGAUCUUCUCCAUCGCCUGGAUCAGUGACACCAUGGCUGUAUCCGGGUCCCGGGACGGCUCCAUGGGGCUGUGGGAGGUGUCUGAGGAGGUGCUGAACAUGACGGAGAGGAGGCAGGAUGCCGAAGGUGUCCCGAGUUAUUCCCACAUCUCCCACCGUGCCCUGAAGGACAUUCCCAAAGAGUACACCAACCCCUACAACUGUAAGGUCCGGGCCCUGGCCUUCAACGAUGGGCACAAGGAACUGGGUGCGGUGUCCCUUGAUGGCUAUUUUCACCUGUGGAAAGCUGAGCACAACCUGUGCAAGCUGCUGUCCACGAAGCUACAGCACUGCAAAGAGAACGUGUGCCUGGCGUACGGCCGGGAGUGGUCCGUCUACGCCGUGGGGUCCCAGGCCCACGUCUCCUUCCUGGACCCACGGGAGCCCCCCCACACCAUCAAAUCCGUCAGCUCGCGGGAGAGAGGGAGCGGUAUACGGUCUGUGAGCUUCUACGAGCACAUGGUUACCGUGGGGACGGGCCAGGGCUCCCUGCUCUUCUAUGACAUCAGAGCCCAGCGCUUCCUGGAGGACCCGUCCAGCCCUGCCUGCGGCUACCGCCAACGGCCUGGAGAGGCCAUCCUCAAACUCAGCACUGGAGCCGGCUGGCUGAACCAUGAUGAAACCUGGAGGAGCUACUUCUCAGACAUCAGCUCCUUCCCCAACGCGGUGUACACGCACUGCUACGACUCCUCCGGCACCAAGCUUUUCGUGGCGGGAGGGCCCCUGUGCUCCGGUCUCCACGGCAACUACGCGGGCCUGUGGAGCUAGCGUGGCGGGACUCCUCCCCCUCCACCUAUCCCUCCUUCCCCUAUCCUCCCUGUCCCACCCAUGCCUUGCCCUCCGUUUGCUUUUCUCCAGCUCUGUCCAUCGGCGUACGCAGGCUGUAGGUUCUCCCAUAUUCCUGUCAUCCUCCUUUACCUUUUCUCUCCUUCAUUUCCCUCGUUUCCUUGGAAUCUGGUAGUCUGAGGUCUUUCUUCCCCUCACUCCCCCUGUCCGCCAUCUUUGUUUUCACCUUUCAGCCACUAGCUUCACUGUCUCUCUCUCUCUCUUUCUCUCUCUCUUUUAAUAGAUUACUACUACUUUGGUGUUUGACUAACUGUUCCGGGAGCGUUAUGCUGCUUUUGGGGGGCUCCCCUUGUCUGUGUGGAGGUCUGUCUGGUCUGUCUAAACCUGCAUCAGGAGGAUAAAACAAACAGACAGUUAAACCAUCCUCCACUCUCCCAUUGCAAUUUCUUUACUUUUGUGGAGGUGGGGCUCCGAUUUAGGACCUGUCCAUCGUUUGUCCAGAUGAUUGACAGCUGACUGUUUUGGCUCCUCCCCUCUCUCCGGGGACAGACUGUAUUAAAAGGAGGAAGAGAAAGAGAGGGAUGUGUUAUUGCGCGGGAGGGAAGGAAAACGGAGUUGGGUUUUGUGCAGUGGCUCAGAGACGCGGGUGACCGACGCAGCGGGGCGCUGGGUCCGGAAGCAGGUCAGGAGCCCUGCCGAGUCUGGAAAAGGGCAAACGAAGAGAGUCAAAGGGAGCGCGAUGAGCGGGAAUGCCGUGAGGAUGCUGGUGUCGGCGUGCCCAGUUCUGGGAAUGGCAAAGAACUAUUUCAGCCCGGAUUUGAUUCUACCCUGCGUGUGAUUUGAUAUUAAAGAAAGCCUUAUUUAUUUAUACCCCCACACAUGCACACACGCGCUCACAUGCGCACACACACACACACACAGACACACAUGCGCGUGCACACACACACACGCACACGCACACGCACACAUGCACACAUUCACUUUGAGCUUAUGAUCUGUAUGAGGAGUAUGUUGUUUUGUUCUUUGUCACUAUUGUUGUCCCCCCCCCCCCAUCCCUUCUGUCAAGAGAAGGGCAUCGACCCAUUCUCUAUUGUUAUUGGUCAGAAUCAGGGGCAUCUAUUCCUUCUGUUCUUAUAGGUCAGAAUCUGGGCUACGGUGAAUUACAUUGUCGCCCCCUCCUGGUCUUUCUGUGAAAGGCUGUUGCUGGCGACAUUCUUUCUGUUUAUUGCAUUGUUCAUGAGGUUGUCUGCAUAGUGUAAGAACAUAAACAAACAACAAACCCCAAUAACAACCAUAUACUCCGCAAAAUAACCAUCACUUUUAAAGAUGUAUUUUAUAUAUAAAUGUCUAUGUAUACGUAUGUGAAAUCUAGGCAUAUGCAUACGCUUAUAUAUAUAUGUUUGGGAAAAUGUGUGAACUAACCUGUCUUUUAUUUUGGUGGUGCCCUCUUUUAUAUACACAUCAUGAAUGUUUUUACGAUUUAUUGAGUGUGACAAUAUUGUACGACAUCAACAACGACAAAGUCCUGCCCCACAAUAUCUGGAAGUAAUAAAAGCGUAUUGAUAAUU